AUGCUCAUAAAUGAUGAUGGACUUCAGAUCAUAGGAGAGGAGGAACGCGAGGCUCGUAUCGAUUUCUACCAAGAUCACAACAUCGGCUGGACUUCGCGACCGAAGCACGGCUCCGAGGGCUUUGUGCGUCGAGGGAAGUUCAAGAAGGCCUCUAAUAUGAACUAUGGACUUAUGCUGUCGUGUAAAAUCGAAGAGAAACUCCAGAAUUACACUCGAGGGCCUUCCUGGACGGAGAUCGACGAGUCACGAGCGUAUGAUACCUCACUGAAGGAAGUCUUGUCAGAAAAUCCACGAGCUUGGGCAGAUGGAAACAUUCGUGUUGGAGAUUACAUCUUGCUGAUUGACAGCGAUACCCGAGUUCCUAAUGAUUGUCUACUUGAUGCUGUCAGUGAGAUGGAGCUGUCGCCUGACGUGGGUAUCAUGCAAUUUGCAUCAGGGGUGAUGCAAGUCGUCCACACAUUCUUCGAGAACGGCAUCACGUUUUUUACCAACCUCAUCUACACCGCAAUCGAGUAUACAGUGGCAAAUGGAGACGUUGCUCCAUUUGUUGGUCACAACGCCGUUCUUCGAUGGAGCGCGAUCCAGCAGGUUUCCUACAUGGACCAGGAUGGCUACGAGAAAUUCUGGUCCGAGUCUCAUGUCAGCGAAGACUUUGAUAUGUCGCUAAGACUCCAGUGCCAUGGCUACAUCAUCAGGCUAGCAUCCUGGGCCCACGGAGGCUUCAAAGAAGGCGUCAGCCUCACAGUUUAUGAUGAACUUGCACGUUGGGAGAAAUAUGCUUACGGUUGUAACGAACUUCUUUUCCACCCUAUACGCAAGUGGGUCUACAAGGGACCUUUCACUAAACUCUUCCGUCGCUUUCUCUUCUCGAACAUCCGCUUCACGUCGAAAAUCACAAUUAUCAGCUACAUUGGUACAUACUAUGCUAUUGGUGCCGCGUGGAUUAUGACACUAGCAAACUACUUUGCCAUCGGUUGGUUCAACGGCUAUCUGGACAAAUAUUACAUUGACAGCUGGAAAGUGUGGUUCAGCAUCGUCAUCGUAUUCAACGGUCUAGGAAACAUCGCCCUGGCUCUCAUGCGCUACCGUAUUGGGCAAAAGUCCUUCUUCUCUGCACUCCUAGAAAAUUUGAAGUGGAUAUUUCUUCUUUCCAUAUUUCUGGGUGGUCUCUCUCUUCACGUCUCACAAGCUCUCCUUGCCCACAUGUUUGAAGUUGACAUGACCUGGGGAGCCACCAGCAAAGAGGCCGAGUUCAGCAAUUUCUUCAGCGAAGUGCCGAAGGUCAUUCGCAAAUUCAAAUUCAGCAUCGCGUUUGCGCUGCUGGGCAGCCUUGCCAUGAUUAUCCUGGCAACAAAUCCGAGCGGUUUCAUCCCCGAUGACUGGUUAAUCAAGGAUUUCAUUGCGAUCUUGCCGAUGAGUACUGUGGCUACGAGUCAUUUACUCUUGCCAAUCGCGCUCAACCCGGCGUUGAUGACUUUCUCGUGGUGA